ACCAGAAGUGCUCGCAAAGGUGCAAAACCUAUGAAAUUGCGUGCACAACCACAGUUACCAUGGAGAUAGGUUCACGGCCAAUGGAAACAGCACAAAUUGAGUUCACUGACAGUCGUUUCACAACCCAUAGUUUCUCGGAGAAGGUAGGAAGCACUGGUGUACUGUUCAAGGUAUUGAAGAUGAAGGAUAGUUUAUUUGUGUGGAUUGGCUCUAGUCAGGAGCCUAAACUGGUGAACAUGUGUGUUGCUAUGAAGAAUCCGUAUGAAUCUCUUCCACUAACAACUCAAGUGUUGGGCUCUCGGACAGAUGAGAUGUCUCCGGGCUUGGCCUCCCAGCUUACCAGACGCCUCAAUAAACCUGUGUUUGUCGGAGUUAACGUUGAACUGGACCGCUUCUUAUUUCCUGAAGUUACCAAGAGGCUGAAUGAAGAAAUAAAAAAACACCCAGAAUGUUUUUAGGUAAAAAAUGCUAUUGUUAAUAAAAGUUUUUAUAUUACA